AUGUCUUACAAUGUUUUUCAAAUUUCUUUCAAGUUUGGCAAACUUUUGAGAAAUAGCGACGAUCAAAAUUUGAUCGUCUUUUUGAAAGAUCAACUUUCGAUCAAAUUUCGAUCAAAAUUUGAUCGAAAAACUACAAAGCAACAAACAAUUGAUGCCUUGAAGAAAUCGCGUAAAAUCAGUGAAUUUAUCGUGAAAAAAAACACUGGUAGAGUCUUUAUAGCAAGUAUAGACGAGCUUAUUAAAGAUAUUUUAGAAGUAAUCAAAAAGGAAGUUAACGUAAAGUUGGAGCAGAUGGCUGCCGUGAAGAAGCUUGAAAAAUCCCUUAAAGCAAAUAGAUACAUACACAAGGUUGACAAUGUAUUGCCAGAUCUUGAGUCAAAUGAAAGAACGCUUGGCUUCUUCGAAAGUCUAGGCGUAUAUAGGUUCAAAGAAUAA